GAUCAUUUUCAAAGUCUUUCUACAUAAGAAAACAACUAUGAAAUACUUAAUUUGCUUGGCAUUCUUGGCCUCAAUGGCUGUUACCACAGUUUUGGCUGUUGCCGGUCAAUCAGCUUGCCGUGAUCCCUCAGAAGUUGGUAAAACCUAUCCUCAUCACUGGGAUCCCACUAAGUAUUGGUAUUGUGAAAAAUUGAAUGAAGUUGCUUUGGAAGUGGACUGUCCUAAGGGUCAGGCUUAUAUGCAUUUGAUGAAGGCCUGUAUUCCUUGGCCCAAUUAUAUCUGGAAGAAACCUGAAAAUCCACCCACUCUUGCUUAAAUCGAUUUUUAAUUAAAUAUAAAGAAUUUGAAAUAUAUAUGUAUGUGUUAUUGGAA